AAUGUGGUGACAGUAAACGUCAAAGUAAUACAUAUCUAUAUGAAAGUAAACAAAAAAAAUAUUAAUCCUCCGACUGUAAACAUUCAGAUAAAAUGCAGAAGUGAAACUUAGUUUAAAUUUAUUGGGAAUCAGUGAACAGUCCAUCGUCCAGACAAUGCAAUUAAUCGAUUAUUUAAAGAGUCCGGAACUCGUCAUUGAAUUUCAGACAUUUUUUGGCGUGAAAUAUUUGAAACAUUCGGACGAUCGUACCGAUCACGAUUGCAGGCUGCAUAAACGGAACGCCAGCGAUCAUUCGUCGACUGGUUCGUCCGAGACGGAUGAGGGUUUCAUCGAACCGAAGGAAUUCGAUAAAGAAUCCGUCCAGCCAUACGAAAUAACAAAUAAAUUUUGGUAUUGGUUGUUUGUCAUAGCAACUGAACUGGGAGAUGAAAUAUUCUACGCAACGAUGAUACCGUUCUGGCUGUGGAAUGUGGAUGGCUACGUUGGGCGGCGAGUCGUAUUUGUUUGGGCGAUAGUGAUGUAUGUAGGUCAAGGACUGAAAGACAUAAUCCGAUGGCCACGUCCUGGUCCGCCAGUCCAUCGACUGCAGAAGAAAUGGGGUCUUGAAUAUGGUCUACCGUCGACGCAUGCCAUGGUCUCGUUCUCAAUGCCAUUUUCCGUUGUCAUCUUCAUGCUCGAUCGUUAUCAGUUUUCAUUCGUGACCGGAUUAGUCAUAUCAACCGUGUGGUGUUCAUUGAUAUGCUUAAGCCGUUUGUAUCUGGGUAUGCACAGCGUAUUGGAUAUCAUUGCUGGGCUUAUUUUGACGAUUUGUCUGAUGAUUCCACUGGUGCCGAUGGUUGACUACCUCGAUCACAUCAUUCUGUCGAGUCCGUUGUCGCCGUUGUUCGUUUUGGCCAUUUCCAUUUUACUGAUCGUGUACUAUCCAAGUCCCGGUAAAUGGACGCCGACGAGAGGCGACACCACGAUGACAAUCAGCGUAACAGCCGGCAUUCAAAUCGGAGCCUGGCUAAACUAUCAACUGAAUCUCUUAGCAGCACCCACCACCGAACCACCGUACGAAAUAAUUUGGCCAACAUAUCGAAUGCUUGGACUGCUGCUGUUACGCACCACUCUCGGUCUGUGUUCCGUGCUGGCCACAAGGGCAAUUGCCAAAUCCAUUUCGUAUGCAUUCGUCUGUGCACUGCUCGGUAAGGAUAAGAAUGAGUUGAGAAAUUCGGAGAACACGCUGGAGAACCGUGACAAGACCAUUGUCGAGCUGUGCUAUAAGUAUUUCACGUGCGGCAUGAUCGGUUUCAAUACGGUGUACUUGCUGCCGAAUGUGUUCAAGUUGAUCGGUAUCGGCAGACCCGACUUUUACACGGAAAUUUAGAUUUCGUUGAGAUGAAGA